GUUACCUCUUCUCGCAAUCUAUUUAUUUAUCUUUGCCUCAUCUCCCUAUCCGCGACCGAGAUCGGGAGCGGAUGCUUCGCCGUAUCGCCGAUAUGAUCACCAAUAUCCAGGUACGACGCCUACAAAACCCUAGCCCUAACCCUUAUCCUAACGCUAGUGCUCUAUGCAUGUUGAUCGAUGGCGCCCGCGCUGUAUAUGUUGAAAGUUCGGGUUUUAGGGAUGCGGUUCUCUAGGGUUUUUAAACUUUUCAUCGUUGACGCGGUGUGAAAGGUGGGAUUUUGCCGAUUAGGGAUUUGGGAAGAAGGGCAUGGCCGAUGAGGGAAGUGAGAACAGAGCUGGUAACAUGGAUCUGAAUUUGUAUCUAGGUCUUCCUCGUUCUCCUCGCCCCCGCAGCCUUGACCUCGGCUCCGAUCUCGCUCUGAGCUCGUUGCCGAUUUCGAUUUCGUCUAAUUCUGAAGAAAGCCGAGCUCUUGAAGCUGUGUCUGGUGCCGCGAUGGAAGCUUCAGCUUCUAAUGUUCCUUACUCCCCUUCUCAUGCUGCGAUUGGAGAGGAUGUGUUACUGGCUGGGUUCAGGGCACCUGCUGAUGUGAAUCCGAUACAUGAGUAUACACCUUGUUUCCCAUCCUAUGAACCCUUUGUGACGGAAGGACCGAGCGUGCCUUAUUCUCCGUCUAAUGCCCAUGCUUUGCCGAUUGAGCAAGAGCUUGGUGAGACAGAAGAGAGGGAUAUAGUUACCCCGGCCGUUUCGGAGGAUGGAUCCCCUAUCAAUCUUGUUGAUGAUUCUUAUGCUGAGGGCAGUGGUUCUCAUCCACCUUACUCACCGCCUUAUCUUCCAGGCUCAGUAAAUAUGCAUGAAGAUGAAAGGUUUGCUCCUCUUUCUUCUAUUCCGCUCCAUAUUGGUGGCAGUUUCACUGCUCGAGGUGAUGGGUCAUCUUCACAGCGGGAAUUACUUCGGUCUUCUGAGUUUAGGAUUAGGAGAUUGAUAGAAUCACAUCAGUAUAGCCUCAGGCGGUUUAGAUCUUCACUUUCAUAUGGGAAUGAAAGGUCUAAUUUUGCUAGACCGUCUCCGCCAAGUCCCACUGAGCUGAUGCAGGACAUUAUGAAUUCACAGAGGUCAUUGGAAACUAAUGGGAAACAUAAGGUAGGUGCUGAGGUUGUGAUCUCAGAGAGUUCAGAGGACGAUACCGAGUUAAAGAAUAAAAGUGUUGCCAAUUUUGAAUGUAAUAUAUGCUUCGAUAUGGCGAAAGAACCUGUUGUUACUUCUUGUGGUCAUCUGUUUUGCUGGUCCUGCUUGUACCAAUGGCUUCAUGUUCAUUCUGAUAAUAAGGAAUGCCCGGUAUGUAAGGGAGAGGUGACUGAAGCUAACAUUGUUCCUAUUUAUGGGAGAGGUAGCUCAGAAUUGGAUACUGAGAAGACAGACACAUCUAACAUUGAUCCGGACCUGAAAAUUCCUCCAAGGCCGCGUGGCAAUCGCCUAGAGAGUUGGAGGCAACAUAUGCGGCCUAUCACACGAAGGUUUGGAGAUGGUAUUCCAAAUUCAUGGAGGCGCCUUCUGAAUCACCAGGUGCGCAAUAGGAGCAGAAUUGGUGGUCAUGAAGAUGCCAUUGUGCAGGAAAUGUUGAAUGGGGGAUCCCAUGCAGUUCUUACUAGGUCUAUGACACGAAGACUGCACAGAGAAGAGGGUGCUACUGGAAAUGUUCCCAAUGCCGAGGAUGUUAGGUUCGCCAGAGAUAGUUCAUCAAUACCAGCCUUAGUUUUCCAAGAGGGAAAUGAUAUUUGGCAAAGAUUGUAUGGUUAUACUGUCAAUGAUAGGUUAGCUGGUGUAACAGCUGACAUUGGCAGAGCAAUUGGCAGAUUUGCGAGUAACAGCAAUCGAUAUGGGCCUUCUACUUCUUCAGCCAAUGCUCCAAAUCCAGACCAAUUUUCUAGCAGACGGAAUGCUGGAGUAGCGGCAACUGCAGAUCAAGCAUCCGCAUCAAGCACUGUGGCUGUCAUACAAGGUGAAAGUUCUGCUAGAGCUGCUUCAGCAGAGCCUAAUAGUGCAGGAUCUUCCAGGCCAUAUAGAAGGAGAGGGAGAAGCAGUGCUUCUGGUUCAUCUGAUGUUGAUGGAGGAGCCCUCCAUACUCGUAAGAGGAGGAGGCUCAACUAAUAAUGCAUAUGCUGUGCUAUCUCUUACUGUUUUUGUAGUCUAUGUUGCUCCUACAAUGUAUUUUGAUUUUUUUUAAUGUUUUCGUCUGCUUCCAUAAAGAAACACUUUGAGUGUUUGUUUGCCUAUUUAGAUCAUAUUAUGUAAACCUAGUAAUAGCAUUAGUUUUGAAUAUGCAGUUUUAACCUUAUGGCUGUGUUUGGAAUUUAGGUAUUUGAGUGAAAGGAAAUGAAAAAUAAGGUUAAAAACGUUAAA